AUGACUAUUCAUGCCAUUGCGUCGUCUGACAUUAUCAAUUAUCUCCUCAUUCUUGAGCACUCACCUGCAUUCAUUACCGAUGUCGAGAGUUCUCUUGCGCUUUCAGCUCCCAGCUUCAGACGGACAUGUCCCAGCUACCGACCCAGCCGCCGCGUAGGCCGGCGGCUCACUUGUCAUAUGAAAGAAACCUUACCUAUCAACAAUACAUAG